UGGACACUACCACUGUUCUCUACUUCUCUCCACGAAAACCCUCUCUCUCUCAAGCUUGGAUUCGAUCUUCUUGUUUUGAGGUUCUGAGAAUUUGAAUCUUUUUUGUUUUUGGAAUUUUUAGAGUGUGGACUAGGGGAUAAGAGAUAAAGAUAAGAUGCAAUCCAACGGCUCUGAUUCGAACACGCAGCCGCCGGAGAAGCAGAGUCAACGGCAGCCACAACCGCCGGCGCCUCAUUGGAUGGCGAUGCAGUACCCGGCGGCGGCACCGAUGGUAAUGCAGCACCAGAUGAUGCCACCUCAGCAUUACGGGCCGCCGCCGCCGCCGCCGCCUCACUACGUUCCGUACCAUCUGUAUCAGCAGCACGUACAGGUACAACACCCGCAGCAGCAUCAUGCACAACAUGUACAGCAACAGCAGCAGCAGCAGCAGCAGGGAUCUGGCGGCGAGAACAAGACGAUCUGGAUCGGCGAUUUGCACCACUGGAUGGACGAGAAUUAUCUCCAUAGCUGCUUCGCUUCCACCGGCGAGAUCGCCUCCAUUAAGGUCAUUCGCAAUAAACAGACUGGUUUAUCAGAGGGCUAUGGAUUUGUGGAAUUCUAUUCACAUGCAGCAGCAGAGAAAGUUCUACAAAAUUAUGCUGGCAUUCUGAUGCCUAAUACAGAACAGCCCUUCCGUCUGAACUGGGCAACAUUUAGCAUGGGUGACAAGCGGUCUGAUAAUGUUCCGGAUAUUUCUAUUUUUGUUGGAGAUUUAGCUGCAGAUGUUACAGAUAGCCUAUUACAUGAAACUUUUGCUAGUAGAUAUCCAUCAGUUAAAGCUGCAAAAGUUGUUUUUGAUGCCAAUACUGGCCGAUCAAAGGGUUAUGGUUUUGUGAGGUUUGGGGAUGACAAUGAGCGAUCACAAGCUUUGACUGAGAUGAAUGGUGCCUAUUGUUCAAGCAGGCCUAUGCGCGUUGGUGCUGCAACUCCUAGAAAGUCAUCUGGAUAUCAACAAUCACAAGGUGGGUACACAUCAAAUGGUACACACCAGUCUGACGGUGAUUCAACAAACACAACAGUAUUUGUUGGUGGGUUGGACCCUAAUGUCACAGAUGAGGAUCUCAAGCAGCCUUUCUUACAGUAUGGUGAGAUAGUCUCUGUUAAAAUACCUGUUGGGAAAGGUUGUGGGUUUGUACAAUUUGCUAACAGGAAUAAUGCCGAAGAGGCAUUGGAGAAAUUGAAUGGUACGGUAAUUGGCAAUCAAACAGUGCGUCUUUCUUGGGGUCGCAAUCCAGCAAAUAAGCAGUUUAGAGGAGAUUUUGGCAACCAAUGGAGUGGGGCAUACUAUGGAGGCCCGGUUUAUGAUGGUUAUGGGUAUGCUCUGCCGGGUCCUCAUGACCCAAGCAUGUAUGCUGCUACAUAUGGGGCUUAUCCUGUUUAUGGCAACCACCAACAACAGGUAAACUGAAGGAACCUAAACCAGCAAGCAUUAUCACUCUAGAUGGGGCAAAAUUGGCUCCAUUUCUCUGUAAUAUGCUUGGUUCUGUGGUCUUAAAAUCCCCUCCAAUUGUGGAGUGGAACUGAAUUUUGAUAGCAUGAAGUCAUUCCGUAGGGAUUCGAUUAAUUCUUUUGUUAUAAUCGCUGGACUUAAAAUGAGAAAUUUAUUUAUUGGAAUAUUUGACUACUA